AGCAGUUUAAGUAGUCAGACAUAUCUCCUGCUCGUUUAAUCUCUUGGCUACUCCAUUCUCUAAACUAAACAUGCUGGAACCAAAAAGUCCAACGCUCAAAAACACCAUCUCACGCUUAAUCGAAGAAUUCAAGAGUCUGAGAGAGCUCAAACAAAUUCAUGCCCACAUCAUAACUUCUCCAAAACUACCGAAAAUCCAUCAAGAUUUUCUCAUUACUCGCCUCCUCUUCUUUUCUGCCCUUUCAGACACCGGCUCUCUUUGCUACGCGACCCAUGUUUUCAAAUUCAUAAAGAACCCAACGCUGUCCGUAUAUAACAUCAUGAUCAGAGCCUAUGCUUCCAAAAUCAGCGACUCAGAUAACACGAACCUUUUACAAUCUUUAGUUCUCUUCAAAGAAAUGCUUUUUAUUGGCAUUUCACCGGAUUGCAUCACGUUUCCUUUUGUCAUAAAGGAAUGCGCCAGGAGGCUAGAUAGCCGCGUUGGGUGUAGCAUUCAUGGGAAAGCCAUUAAAUUUGGAUGGUUUUGUGACCUUUACGUUCAAAAUUCUUUGGUAAGUUUUUAUUCUGAAUGUGGGUUUUUGAAUAGUGCUAGGAAGUUGUUUGAUGAAAUGCUGAAUAGGGAUGUUGUUUCUUGGAAUUCGAUGAUUAUUGGGUACUUGAGAGGUGGGAAUCUUGACAUGGCAUUAGAAUUGUUUAGAAGUAUGGAGAAGACGAAUAUCAUCACUUGGAAUUCGAUGAUAACCGGUUUUGUUCAGGGUGGCAUGGGAAAAGAGUCCUUGCAGUUAUUCCAUGAAAUGCAGAAUUCAAGUGAUGAUAAUGUUAAACCAGAUAAAAUUACAAUGGCUAGUGUACUGUCAGCUUGUGCUUACCUUGGUGCAAUUGAUCAUGGGAAAUGGAUACAUGGUUACUUGAGGAGAAGCGGUAUUGAAUGUGAUGUGGUGAUUGGAACAGCAUUGGUUGAUAUGUACGGUAAAUGUGGUAGCGUGGAGAGGGCAUAUGAGGUCUUUAAAGAGAUGCCUAAAAGGGAUACCUUGGCAUGGACUGCUAUGAUUUCUGCAUUUGCACUUCAUGGCUAUAGUAAAGAGGCUUUUGACGCCUUUGAAGAGAUGGAAGCUGUGGGAAUGAAGCCUAACCAUGUCACGUUUCUUGGGUUAUUGUCAGCUUGUGCUCAUUCUGGCUUGGUAGAGAAAGCUCGCGGGUGUUUUGAUAUGAUGAGGCGUGUUUAUUUAAUAGAACCACAGCUUCACCACUAUGCUUGCAUGGUUGACGUUCUCAGUCGAGCAGGGUUAUUUGAAGAGGUAGAAGAACUUGUUAGAAGCAUGUCAAUGGAGCCAGAUGUGUUUGUUUGGGGAGCAUUACUUGGAGGCUGUCAGAUUCAUGGGAAUAUAGAAUUAGGAGAAAGGGUAGCACAGCAUUUGAUUGAUUUGGAACCGAGGAACCAUGCUUUUUAUAUUAACCUGUGUGAUAUAUAUGCCAAAGCUGCUAGAUUUGAUGAUGUGAAGAGAAUUAGAGCCUUAAUGAAAGAAAGAGGCAUCAGAAAAGAAGUCGCAGGCUGUAGCAUGAUUGAAGUUGAUGGGCUCGUUUUUGAAUUUUCAGUUGACGGAUGGCCUGUGCUAGUGAUGGACGAGAUAGUGCUGGUCUUAAAUUUAUUUAAUAAUGAGAUAAAGGGUGAUGAUGCCACGCAUUACUGUGAUGGGAUAUUGUUGGAGGCACAAAAUUGAUGAUGAUGUGUGGAUUAUUAUUU